AUGGCUCCUACCAGCAGCCCUGUACUUCACUGUGCUGACCGCCAGCUGACUCAGCAACCCAGAAAACUAAGGAAACCCGUCAUUGAGAAGAUGAGGAGAGAUCGCAUUAACAGCAGCAUCGAGCAGCUGCGUCUCCUACUGGAGAAAGAGUUCCAGAAACAUCAACUGCCCUCAAAACCGGAGAAGGCCGACAUACUGGAGAUGACAGUCACCUUCCUGCAGCAGCACAUGGCUGAGAGAAAUGCCUCCAGCCAAGCCCAUAGAGAUGGCUACUCCACCUGCAUCCAGGACUCCGUGAGCUUCCUAUCCCUGCACACACAGGCAGAUGUCCAACUACAGCUGCUGCAGAACCUCCAUGGGGCUCAGAUGGUGACCGGCGCUCUCUGUCCUUCCACAUUCCCCAUCUCACAGACCCCCAGCAAGCCUGGUGCUCCAGACAGCAGCAAAAAUCCAUGGAGACCCUGGUAG